AUGUCGACCGCGCCGAUGACGGCGCUUUCGCGCCCCCGCGCCUCCAACCGCCGCCCGUUCGAUGCGCUGUCGACGCGGACGAAGAGCGCGCGCGCCGCCCGCUCGCGAUGGGUCGCCGCGCGCGCCGCGGGCGACGCGAAGCCCAAGGCUAAGGUGGCCGUGUUUGUCUCCGGCGGCGGUAGCAACCUGCGCGCGCUGCACGCCGCCAUGGAGGACGGCCGCGUCAACGCGGAGGUGGCGGUGGUGGUGAGCAACAUCCCAUCCUGCGGCGGCGUCGAGUGGAGCCGGGAACGGGGCAUUCCCACCUUGACCUACCCGCCGAAGAAGGGCGAGGACGGCCUGACCCCGGACGCGCUCGUCGCGCAGCUUCGCGACGCCGGCGUGGGGUACGUACUCCUCGCGGGCUACCUCCGCCUCAUCCCGCCGCAGCUGUGCCGAGCGUACGAGGACAAGAUGCUCAACAUCCAUCCCGCGCUGCUCCCCGCGUUCGGGGGCAAGGGCAUGCACGGGCACCACGUGCACGAGGCCGUCGUGGCGUCCGGCGUGAGGUUCACCGGCCCGACGGUGCACUUCGUCAACGAGGAGUUCGACAAGGGUAAGAUCGUCGCGCAGAGGCACGUGCGAGUGGCGCCGAGCGACACACCCGACGACGUAGCCGCGAACGUCUUGCGUCUGGAGCACGAGGUGUUUUCGCACGUGGUUUCCGCGCUGGUGGACGGGCGGAUACGGUUCAGGGACGGGGACGGCGUGCCGGUCAUCGUGGGUGAGGACGGGACGGAGGAGUGA